AAUUAUUACCCUGGGGCGGGGCGAGAACGGUGAUCGCUCUGAUUGCCAGGCGCAUUGGCCAAUCGGGGGAAAGAGUGAGCUGCCUUUCUCUGCUAGCUUAACCAAUUAGGAAAAGGCAGAGGAUAUGGUGGUGUGGGCGGGGGAAUGCUCCAGGCCUUUUGUACGGGCGCGUUGGUAUCUCCCGGCCGCGGGUGGGACAGCAGGACAGCGGCCAAUAGCAUGUCCCGGCUCGAAGGGGUGGGCGGGAUUGGGUCUGUAGCUGCUGAGCUGUGUGUGAAGUGGGCGGCUUAUGCCUGGGGGCGGGGCUCCUGCCUUGGCAACAGGUGCGCGGGGCCUGUUUGCCUUCGCUGCCUCCCACCGCGCCCUGUGUCUGCUCUCGCCCUAGUUGACGUCCUGCUGAAGGCUGUGGGGGACACGCCGAUCAUGAAGACCAAGAAGUGGAGCGUGGAGAGGACCCGCACCAUCCAGGGGCUCGUUGACUUCAUCAAAAAGUUCCUCAAGCUGGUGGCCUCGGAGCAGCUGUUUAUAUAUGUGAAUCAGUCCUUCGCUCCUUCUCCAGACCAGGAAGUCGGGACACUCUAUGAGUGUUUUGGAAGUGAUGGCAAACUUGUACUGCAUUACUGCAAAUCUCAAGCUUGGGGAUGAAUGCUAAGCAGCCAUUGAUGCCUAGGACUGGCCUUCAGAAAGGAAAAGGCCUCUGAUAAUCUUCAGAAGCAAUGCCCAUGGACAUGCGGAAGAGAACUGUACAUUACUGCCUAUGAAUUUUUUAUACUGUGCAUUUAUCUACAAAAUGAUGCAGAUGACUUGCGUAAAAGAAGAGUUACAUAGAAUUACAUGGCUGAGUAGCCUUUCUUCCUUGUGUCAUUUGUAGUAUGGGAAAAAAAACUGCAUGUGCCAUCUGUAGAAUACAGCCAUCUUUUCUGCUGCAGAGCUUCCUGGUUGCCACGUAUGAAAGGACGUUAUUUCAUAGCUUGUGAACUGCAUAACUCUCCAUUGCUCUGAAUACUGUAUUGAGGAUAUAGCUUCCCUUUAUUAGGAGGGAUAUUUAUUGCACGUGUGAAGGUGGAUUCAAUUUACUUUUGACAUAAUGUUCAUCUUUAUUACGUGCAGUUUAAUCUCUUACCUAUUGUGAAGUCUUUACUUUGAAUAUGUAGUGUCUCGCUUACACCUCACUUCAGGCAAGUAUUUUAUAGCGUUUGUCUCAUAAGUAACAUAUAUAAACAUACCGUAUACUCUCACACCUUAAGCUAGGUGAGUAUUUGAUACAACUGCAUUUCUUGAACUUUUUUUUUAAUAAUUUUUUUUUAAUUUUUUCCUUUAGCAGUAGCAGGACACAUGCUUCUUACCUUUUUCCUAAUUGUUUAAUAUUUUCACCCAAGCUGUAAUAUACUUGGGAAAAUGUCCCUGGCAACUCUCACCUACCAGCAACAGCAGAAAGAGAGUGAUCCAGCUAUUGACUCUUUCAGUUCUGUGGAAAUAAAUGUUGGAUGUUAUGCUCCUGGUCCCCUGCUUCACCUGCUGUAUCAUCACUGUUCCAUCAAAAGAAAUGGAACAACAUUUUGGGACAUUUUGAUAACUGUCACAGAAUAAUCACAGGAAAUGGUUCUCCUGAAGAGGGCUUCCUAUCACAGUAACGGGAAGAAGGAUACUGAGUCUCCAUCCCACCCAUGCACUGACAUCUACCCUGUGUGGGAAAGGAGACUUGCCAAACAGCUUUGUUUAGGGGAUGGGCAAAGGCUUAAUCGGAUUCCUCUUCCAAAUCACUUCCCCUGUUAUUAACAUGAAGGAAUACUAAAGAAUUAUCCGCAGCCUGCUAAUCUAUUAACAUGUGAUUGUAAAUUUGGCUGCUUGCUACCCAAAAGUGUGGCUACAUCCUCUGCAUGCAUAAUUUUUGUUCUAUUUAGGAUGUUUUAAUAAACUCGGUAUUUCUUUUUUUGUGUUGAAAGCUAAAUCAAAAGUCUUUGAUUUCAGCUAACCAAGUUGCAACCAACUCUAAUUUAUGCAAAUGCGUUGAGUAUUUAAGUGUCUGUUUGUAUUUAGACAAUCAAAAUUCUGAAGGAUUAUGAAUAGGUGUGUUCUAAAUCUGUUUCUAAAUGAAUUAUUUUAGUAAUAAUUACUAUGUUUUUAGAAAACUGAUACACACAAGUUUAUAAUUCCUUAUUUAUGAAAUGGUGUCUUCCAAUAAAUAUAAAAACAUUCUAAAAC